AGAUACUUUGCUGCUGUAGCUGGGCCACACAAGCUGUGGUGUGGUAGACAGCACAGACUCGCGCUGUGAUCAUUUUUUUUUAGUUGUACUGGGCCAGUGUCCGGUUCGAAGGGGCGGAGAUGGUGGUGUGUGUGAGACAGAAUGAAAAACAAGGCGGGGGUCUGGCUCUUGUUCCGUUAGUGGCUUCUGGCGGUUUCUCAUGACACUUUGGGUCCGUGAACCCGGUGCACGGGGGAAGAAGAGCAAAGAGAGAGAAGAAGACCACUAUCCAGGCUCUGGACUGUCAAUUUCUACAGGGAAACGGGCGGAAGUGUUUAUGAAUCGUGGAAAGGGGGAACUGUUGUAGUGUGAGAUCUGACAGACACAUCCCGGGGACAAUGGACUCACUGACUCUCAUCUUGUUGCUUGGUGUUAUUCCACUUUGCCUGUGUGCCUCCCCCAGUGACUGUGACAAAAACACCGAGUACUUCCAGGAUGGCAAGUGCUGUUUCAAAUGUGGCCCUGGUUCAUUCUUAGUGGCGAAGUGUAAUUUAAGCGAAUACUCCAGUUGUAGACCUUGCCAGCAUGGCUUCUACCAACCUGCCUGGACCAUGGAAGAUCAUUGUCAGUCACACACAGUUUGCGAUUCAACAGGAGGUUUUGAAGUUGUGAAACCUGGUGACCUGCUGAGAGAUGUGGAGUGUCUGUGUAAACAAGGAAUGCAUUGUCCUAAUAAAGACUGUGAGAUCUGUCACUCUGAUACUGCAUGUCGUCCUGGUGAAGGAGUCACAAUUCCAGGUGACCGAAAAUUUCAGAAAACAAUUUGCGAGGCAUGCAAAACUGGAUUCUAUUCAAAUGUGAUGUCUUUCACGGAGCCUUGUAAGAAAUGGACGGACUGUUCAUCACUCAGACUGAUAGAAAUCCGAGCAGGCACUGCACGGAGCGACGUUGAGUGUGGUAUCCCAUACCAGAACAAUGAAUCCUACAAAGUUGCAAUUGGCUUUUUGGCUGUGCUACUUAUCUUGUGCAUAGCUUUAUUCAUCUGCAGCAGGUUAGGUUAUCUGGAUCAAGUUUUGGGUUUCAUUCAAAGAAAGAAAAAGAAGCAGGAGGAGACUGACCCUGAGCAUGUUGUCCAGGAAACCCAGCCAGGGGAUCCAGUUUUCACCCCAGAGAUGGAGCAAGGAGGGAGCAUCAGUAUGCACAUUGCGGUCCAGGAAGUAGGCAAGGACAGCCGCCCCUCGGAGGAGGAAGGACAGACCUUGCUUAACACGUCAGGCAACUCCCAAGAGUUUCAGGAUACUGCCAAUGGGAAUGCAGGGAGAAGAUGAUUGGACUGAGAAAUAGUAGUAACGUGAAUCGGAACCUGAAACCAACAAAUCCAGGAUUCAAAGACUUGCCCUUGGAUGCCUACAGAACUUCCUUCAGGACUGAAUACUGUAUAACAGUCUCAUUCUGUGCUCACAACAUUUUUCUCUAAAUCCUCCUAUUCUUGGCCUGAGUGCAUGAGAAGUCACUGGAAAGGUUGCUCAUUGGAGCAGUACAACGAGGGAUGCCUGUACUGUUAUCAGUGACCACUGUACAGAUGGAUCACUCCUAAAGCAGAAAGGAUCGCGACAUUUCUUGGUCCUGCCUUUGAUGUGCAUAACUGGUGAAUCUUGCAGAAAGGAUACUGCCUUGUUUGACUGAAAUUGGGUGCGUUUGGUACAAAAAGCUGUCGAUGUGUACUCAGUCAAGGGAUUUAUCAACCCCAUUAUGGAAGUUUACCUGGUUUGGUUGCUGGGUGGAAUACACUUUGGCUUGGGAUCGCACAGCCCCCUGACCUCCCAGCAAUUUGCUCACACCCAUUCACAUGGAUUGUGCUGGACAGCUGGCAACAUGUGCCAGGGAAUCUUAGAUCGCUGAGGCACCAGUGAGUGGUGGGCUGCCGGAGUGGUGGGCUACCAGAGAGCAUCCAGUGCAGAACUGCCAGUGCCUGAGGAGGGCUCAGAACUCAUGGGGCCACAGAAGUAGAGAACUAAAUGGAGGUGAACCCUAACAGGAAUAGUCUUCGAUUACAGAAGGCAUGAGAUUAAAUAGAUGACAAUGAUAACAAGAAUGUCAUCCCAGACUGGGAUUUCAGAUGGCAGCAAAACCAGCCAAACUUCACAAUAGCUCUUCGGAAUAUUUGCUCUUACUGAUUCGAGUGUGCGCAGGAUAACUCCAUAGCUGAUUGAGUAAUCAGUGACAGCUUGUUUUCAUUAGCUUUUAUUGAGAAUUUUUUCUUGCUGGUUGAGUCAGCAAAAUUCCCAGCAUUGAUGAGUCAGAGCUGGUGAUAUGAGCUGUAAAUGCUAUGAUUAUGCAAUUGUAUCCUGUCUCACUGGAGGGAUACAUCAGUAGGGUGUACAGUAAAUCAAUUGAAUUUGGUGCAGAGGGGAAUAGGGCCAUUUACAGCCGUGGACAUAGAAAAACAUUUCCAUGACACUACUUCAAAAAAAGAGCAGUGAAUUACCUGCUCAAUAUUUGUCCCUCUAUCAAUAUGACAAUAAUAACUAACCUGCUUGUUAUCGCACAGGUUUUGUGGGGGUCUGUUGUGUGUAAAUUGGUUGCUACAUUUCCUACAUUAUGGCAGUGACUAUAGGUGGAGUCUAAACAAUGUGAGCUAUACGUUUUGCGGGAAUAUCAGACAAGAAAUCCGGCCAGGGCGAUCUCAAUGUCUGGAGUUUUUCACUGUAUACCUUAUGCUUUUGCCAAGUAAUAUGGUGAGUUUCACACUUGGUAGUGGGGAGUUGUCGAUUAAGAGGGCUGUUGCUUGUUAGGUUCCUCAUUAAUGCCACAAAUUGCAUUAUUAGUAUUCAGUUGCAUUAAUAGUAUUCAAUUUCCUGCCCUCCUAAGCAAGCUAAACUUUGAGAAUUCUUGAAAUGAAAGUCAGAGCAGGUACCUGGCGAUUUGAGCUCAACAAUUGAGCUCUGAAGGAUCCCCAUCACCAGCCACCAAUAUCACAGAGCACAUUCAUGGGGUCAGAAGGAACUGUUCUGAGAGGAUAGAUUUCAUUUAAGCUGACCCAUCACCAGUAUUCUAGUGAAUAGGUUUGGCUUAGCUGGGAGGGAGAUUUCAGAUAAUGACAUUUGUAUAAGUCUAAAGAGAAAAAUUGAGAAUGUGAAGCAAAGUGUCAAUUUGAGUAGAAUCAAGCAAAUGAUGUCAGGAAAGGACAGAGAACUUAUUAAUUUUAAUAGAGCAUUAGUGACUGCAGGCAUGUCAAGGAAAAAUAGCAAGUCAUUCAAACUCAAGUGCUUUACCUAUCUGUCUGGACUAUUCUUAAUAAUGUAGAUAAAUUAAUGGCAUGGAUAGAGAUGAAUGGAUUUGAUCUAAUGGCCAUGACUGAAAAACUUUUGUGUGACAAGGAUUGGGAACAGAAUAUUUGGAGUAUGUGACCUUUUUUUAAGAAAAGAUAUGCAAAAUGAAAGAGGUGGUAAGGCACCUCUGAUAAGGAAGGAUAUGGUAAAGGCAACAGGAGAAAUUAAUUUAUCCUGGAAAUCAGAAUGUAGCAUUUGUAUGUUAGAAUUAAGGAAUAAUGGGGUUUAGACAACAUUGAGUAAUUUAUGGAUAGUCUAACAGUAAUCAUAUUAUUGACGGGAAUUAGAAGAACAUGGAACAAGACUAAUGCAAUUUUUAUAUAAACUGGCAAAUCCAAUUUAUCAUUAAGACUUGGAGGAUGAGUUCAUGGGCAGCUUGCUGGAACAAUGCAUUAGAGUUAUUGGAGUUAAUUAGUAACCUUGUCAUGAAGAAUCCUCCAGGGAAGAGUGAUCAUAAUCUGAAAGAGUUUCCUAUUGAGUUUGAGAUUGACGUGAUCAAGUACGUAGCUAGGGUCUGCAGCAGUGUCUCAGAUGAAGGAACUAAGAAUAAUGUAUGUUUGCUGAAGCUGCAAACUCAACCCAGAAGGAGAUGUGAAGAGCCUGUGAAAAGAUAUGGAUAGUUUACAUGAAUGGGCAGGAAGGUAGUCAACUUUGAGAGUGAGAAUGAGAAAGCAGAAUAUCUUUUCAAAUGUGAGAAGCUAGUAAAUGCACUGUUCAGAAGAAUUUGUCGCUUCUUGUGUUAAAACACCGAGAGUUAACAUGCAGGUAAAGCCUAGAAUGAUUUUGAAAGGAAGGAAGUUUUCAUGGAGUUGUGUAGGACUUUGUUGAGACUGCACCUGGAGUGUUGUGGAAAGUUUUAGUCUCGCUGUCUUAGACAGGAACUGCUUGUCUUGGAGAAUGUACAACAAAUAUUAACUGGAAUGAUCUCUUGGAUGAGUGGGCUGUCCUAUAAAGUGAGGUUGAGUAGAUUAAGAUCAGGGGAUUUCAGAUUGGGAAUAGGCCAUUCAGCCCAUCAAGCCUGCUGUACCAUUCGAUAAGAUCAUGGUUGAUGUGUUUGUGGCCCCAGAUUCAUACUCCAUCUGCUCUACAUAAUCCCUGACACUCCUUGUUUAUUAAGAAUCCGUCUAACUCACCCUUGAAUAAAUUCAGUGACUUGGUCUCCCCAGCUUUCUGUGGAAGAGAAUUCCACAGACUAACUGUCCCGACAGAAUGUCUUCUCAUUGAUCCUCACUCUAAUUUCUCUUACCUGGUGUGUGGACCCCUGAGGUCACAGCGUAGUAGCCUCCUGUGAAAUCAAAAGUCAUUUUGAAUGGCUUAUUCCUGCUUUGACUUGUGUUCUUGUUGAGAGUUUUGCACUAAGUCAGUAUAACACUAGCGAAUUCUUGGAUCAUUAAGAAGGUGGAUACAGUGUUUUGCUGCUAACCUGAUCUGUACCUUUAAGACCACAGCCGAACAUCAGAUAAUUGUACAUUUCAGAUUGUAGUUUAGCAACAGGCUUUCAUAGUCAAAAGAAGCAAAGACAGUUUUUAAUUUGUAUCAACAAAAUGAUGUCUGGAGGGUUAGUGUGCUCAAGCAUGAAUUUAUGUACUUAUUACUAAUAAAUUUCUUUGGUAUUGUUUCAUAAGGAUGGGAGAAAUUUGACAAAUAAUGUACAAUCAUAAUUCUGGUGCAGAAGUGUAGAUACCUGAAUCUUUUUAAGACUACAACAAGUAACUGCUCAACAUUUUGUACGCAUUCUUAAACUGAAUUCUUAAAAUUAAUGCCUGGGUCACUGACAGGUCAGAGUUGAAAAAUGUGGUGCUGGAAAACACAGCAGGCCAGGAAUGAGAAUUCCUGAAGAAGGGCUUAUGCCCGAAACGUCGAUUCUCCUGCUCCUCGGAUGCUGCCUGGCCUGCUGUGUUUUCCAGCACCACAUUUUUCAACUCUGGUUCUCCAGCAUCUGCAGUCCUCACUUUCUCCUCACUGACAGGUCAAACUGGAUUACUAUCAAGUGUUUCCUAGACAGCCAUCACUCUCCUUUUAUACGUCAGGAUAAGCUCAAGUCUGUUCUCUGUAAAGGAGGCAAAAAAAUUAGAACCCUAACCUGAGUUAUCAGAAAAAAUCUACUGAUUAAAGGAAGGCAAAAACUGAGCCAAACAACUUUGUCAAUGGCUUAACUAAUUUCAAACAUUCACUUCCUCCACCACUGACACUCCAUGACAGCAGUGUAUACAAUCUAUAAGGUGCCAGGUAAGGCUUCAAAGAAAUCAUCUUCCAAGCCCCGACCAAAUAUAAAAACAAAGACAACAGAUACGUGCAAACAGCACUACCUGCAAGUUCCUGUCCAAGCCACUCACCAUCUUGAUUUGGAAAUAUAUCGCCAUUCCUUCACAGUGACUGUGUCAAAGUCUUGGAAUGUCUUUCCUAACAGCUCAGAGGCUGUGCUUGCACGCGAUGAACUAGAGCAGUCCAAGAAAGGGCUAAGUCACUAUUUUCUUGACAGUACUUAGAGAUUCGUAACAGAUGUUCACCUUUGAAUAACACCCACAUCCCAUGAAAUGAAAACAGACAUUGCUGCUGAGACUGAGUAGAGCCUGUGGAGAAAGGAAAUGAGUUAAAAUUUCAAGUUCCAUUUUAGUUUCAGAGGAACUCUUGACAUUAACCAAAAGUAGAUUGUUUGCUCUUUGUGAGAUCAUCCCUAUGUGUGGUGUACAUGCCUAUCAGCAUGUUGACUCACUGUGACACUCAGUAACCAAGCUCCCAUCGAGGAAUGAGUAUGUCCCCUGAUUUAUGGAUACCUCAGGAGAGUUGAAGAGGAGGACUGAAGUCUAAAUAUGUCACCUUUCUGACAAUUCCACUGUCAAUUGUAAUGCUUUACAUUUCUUUAGGGUCACCCAGUGAGAUAGGUCAGGAGUUCCAAGGAUCACUGUAAAUUUUGCUUGAGAUUGUGGCUUCGUGAGAGAACUCGUUUUGCUACAAGGCCUUAACAUUCUACCAGAAACAGAGUUGACAAUCACUGUCCAGACCAUUAUCGUACCAGCUGGAAGGUUGCUGUCCAUAAGCCGACAUCUCUGCCUCAUCUUUUUGGUGUCUUCAACAUGCUGUUACUAUUUGAUUGUUCUAGGGAUCAUUGCAUAAUGAGAAAUACCUUGCACCUUCUCCUAAAUGUUUAAAACUGUUUUAUUCCCAGGCCACUCAAUUCAGACAACAUUUUUAUUUAUAUCUGUAUUUGGUAAGAACUUGAUAUCAGUGCAAGAGAUACAUUUUCAAAUUCUUUUGUUGCCAUUAACAUUCAGAGGACUUUGAAUGUUGGCUUGAAACCAGAACAGAGAAAGAUAAGACCAAGACAGUUCACGGAAGGGUAGCAAUUGGUUGCUCUGAAAAGCCUGGGAAGUUUAUAAUGAUGAGUUUUCCCUAACUUGUUAUUGCAAAUGACUCAACUCUUUCUAUAUUCCAUUGAGAAGUAUUUGUUUGUACAUCGCUGUAAGUAUGCUCUUUAUCUUUGCUACUGUUUACUUGACUAUUUAUAUAGUUUUUGACAGUUUAAUAUAUUAACCUGUAGUCUGAUUUUAAUGUUCAUUGUAUUUCUUUGCAAAGUUAGUGCUAUGAACCAAACCAAAACCC